CUUUGAUCAGUACAGUAUUUUAAAAAACACUUUUGGAUUAGCAAAAGUUAAGGAAAGGACAUUAUAUUUGUGAAAUAUGUGUGUAUGCGUGUGUGUGUGGUAGUGUGUGUAUGCGUGUGCGUGUGUGUGUGUGUGUGGUGCUUAUGAUAUCUCUGUGCAGGGAGGGACUUGUGGGGAAAUGGAAACUUAGUUCUCCCCAGCACCAAAACAAACCCAUCCUCUGAUGUUUAACACACACUAGUUCACACACCUCACUUAUGCAGAAACACAUCCACACAUGUUAAAUAAUAAGAAACACCCACAAUGCGGUCAACCAAGAUGAACUGCACGCGACAGCACGGGAUAUUGUGGACAAUUUUUUUCUUUUUAAUACUGGAAGUGCACUGUUCACUCAGCUCUCCCCAAAACGUGUCCAUCGUCUCCUUUAAUCUGGAGCACAAGCUCACAUGGACACCAGGUCCUGGCACAGCAGCUGUCACACACUUCAGAGUGCAGAGCUAUAAUCAGAAGAGAGAGCUCUGGAUUUCAGUGAAGAGCUGUUCUGACUUACAAAUUGGCGAGUCUUGUGAUUUGACUACAACUUUCAACGAAACGUUUGGUCAUUAUCAAGCCCGAGUGCAAGCAUUCAGUCAGGACCAGGAAUCUAACUGGACUACAUCUAAAUUCUUUACUCCCCUGGUGGACACAACUCUGGGUCCUCCACUUGUGUCGCUAACCGGCUGUGGAAAUUGCCUCCUGCUGAAACUAAGUCCACCGCUCAGUGUGGAGCAAAAACAUGACCCACUGACAUACCUUUAUCAAAGGUAUACUGUCAAUGUGUCCAGAACUAGAGACAAAGCACAGUUUGUUAUGAAGGCAUCCAAUGGAGAGAAUCUGAUCAACUAUCUAGAGCCCGGAGUGGAGUACUGCAUCACAGCCAUUACAGUAACGAGCUUUAAAAACCUUGUACUUCCUUCUGAUCCUCAGUGCACCUACACAAGUUCUCAGCCACUCAACACAGUGGCCAUGUUUUUGAGCGCCCUGUGCGCAGUCUUCCUCUUGGUGUUGCUCCUCUGUGCAGCUCUGAUCUACACUGGCCAGUUUGGUAACUUCCACACAGCACUACUAAGAGCUUUAGUGAGUUUCUUACCUUUUCUGGAAAGAAAGUGAGAAACUUAUGAAAUGCCGUUGUAUAAUUGAUUUUAACAUGGACCAGAUCCAGCACCAGAUCCUUCACAUAAAGGGUGAAGUGCUCUUAAUGAAAAAUAAUGAAAUAUGAAGCUUUUGCUGAUCUCUCUCUCACUGCAAAACAUUCCAUGUUUCUCUAAUCCUUUGUGUGGUGGGCCUUCCAAACCCAAAUAACAUGACGAGGCUGCUAACAUUUCUACGUUUUUGUCCAGUUGAAGAUGUUAGAAAAGGUUCUCCAGGAGACUUGUUUUUGCUGCUUUAUUUUUGCUUCUCUUCUCUUGAGUACAAGAACAAUGGAAAAAUAAAGAAAUAAAAAUUAGAUGACAAACACUACUUUCAUCAGGUCAGUUGCUUCCUACAUCAUGCAUCAUACAUUUAAGGGCAAUGUUGCAGUAGAUGUGUUUCCUUACAUUUAGAUAUAUCAGUUGGAGUGUUUUUGUCAUAGAAUCUUUUUUAACUGUGAUCAUAAUCCAUUCCCCCCAAAGUUAAUAUAAAUAUCCGUAACGUAUACAUUUACGAUAUGCCUUAUUACAUGAAGUAUAUUACAUACUACGUGUACAAUUUCAAACCACUGGGCCAUCGGAGGAUUCCACUGCAGCCAUUUUGGAAUAAUAGCUUUUCUGCUCACUGCCAAUAAUAUCUUACGG